UUCUUGCGAACAAAUGGAAGAAUAUCCGAAAACACCUGCGCUAGAAAACGGGAUUGAAAAUCGUCUCGUUGUCACCCCACAUGUUACUUCAAGUGUUCCCAUCGAGGAUGUUGCUUCACCUGUAGAGCUUGCAAAGGCUUACAUGGGGAGCAGACCUUCCAAGGUUUCCUCAUCAAUGUUAGGUGUGCAAAAUCAUGUACUAAGGGAGGAUCCAACUCUUCUAAAAUGUGAAAACUUUCCUCCUAAAUCCCCUAUUAUGUCAAUUGUGCCAAAGGCUACUAGACAUGCUGCGGUUCAUGAAAAUAGUUUUGUGACCGCAAGAUCUCGUGGCAGAUCUGCAAUAUAUAUUAUGGCUCGAACACCAUAUGCCAGAAUAUACCCAGCCUCCACACUCAAGGGUGGGGGGCUUGCUGUUGAAGGUGAGCCGUCAUCUUCAACUCAGUCUGCAUUGGAUCAAGACAUGCUUUCUGAACCUAAUAAAGGGACAUUAAAGCGUAGAAGUUCAGCAUUGGAUAAUGGUGUAGGAUCUUUUGGUCCUAUCCGCCAAAUCCGUCACAAGUCUAAUCUUCUCUAUUCUAAAGGCUCAAGCUUACCUUUUUCUGGUAGCUCUCUAUCUGUUGCUAGAAGUGGAGUGGAUAUUUAUGCUGCUCAGCAACCUUCAUCUUCCAUGCAGAAGCCUCUUGUACUGGAUGAAGUCAAGCGUAGCCAUACAAAAUUGUCAGAAGAAAAUGUGGACAAUACUAUACCUAGUAUGAGCUAUUCCCCUUUACCCUCAAAAUCGAGUGAGAUGACUUCCAAAAUACUUCACCAACUUGAUAAUUUGGUUUCUCCUAAUGAAAAAUCAUCCGAAUUAAGGUUACCAAUUGUCAAUGAUAACUCACCAACAAAGUUGUCACCUUCCAUGUUACAAGGACAGGCUCUUCGAAGCAUGGAAAUGGUAGAUUCGUCAAAAUUGCUGGACAAUGUACAAGGUGAUAAAUUAAAUGGCACAUUUGGAAAUUUGUCUGCUAGUGCUCAGAAUCAGAAGUUAACUUCACAAAGAAAUAUGGUUGAAAAUGGUCAAUUGAAGCUUGUUGCUCCUUCUGAUGGAUUAGUUCCAGUCAAAAUUGCUACGGAUGCUACAAAACCAAUGAAUCAAGUCCUGUCUAGUGCAAAAUCUGUGGAUUCUUUUAUGAUAAAAUCUGUUUCUUACCCUCCAAAAAGGAAUAAGGCAUUCCAUAUGAGUGCACAUGAGGAUUGUUUGGACGUGGAUGAUGAUGCUCAUCCUAAUGGAGCUUUCUCCUCUUUUUCUCCUGUUGAGAAAGAAAUAACCUUCUCCACUACCAUGGCCGAGAAAAUUACCUCUGGUACGGAAACCAUUGCACAGGAGAAUUCCUCAGCAUUAUCUGUAGUGAUGCCAUCCAAAAGUUUUACAAAAGAUGGUGAAGCUCGUGUUGGGACUGCUGAUGGGUCUAGGGCUGUUGAGAGGGUUGAUGUAUCAACCUCUAAAGCAUCAUUUAUUCCUGAUCCAACCUUUAAGCCAGCUGCAGUUACAGCGGCUAUACAAACAAGUUUUGGUUCCAACAAGCCGGCUUCAUCAAAUGGGUCAAUUACUAAUCCUCCCCUAUUUAAUGUUGGGAACAAGGUGGUUUGGUCAACAAAGUCAACAGCUACUGCAGCUCCAUCAAAGGAGAUAACUAAAUCAGGUUCGAUAUUUGGUAUGGAAAAGGUUGUUUUAUCAAAGGAGCCUGGUGCUGAUGCUCCAUUAGUGAACUUUGGCACCAAUGGAAAUGUUUUUAAGGUACCACCAAUGCCAUUUACUGCUUCAUCAUCAGUUGGUGGUGAGUCUGCUUCUCUGAAAUUUGGUGCUUCUUCUGAAUCAAAGCUGGGAAGCUCAAUCAGCUCAACUACUGUUGCUGGUGCAACUAAUUCUAUGGCAAAAGUUCGUGAAUCUGAUAUCAAUGAUACUAAGACUAAAACAGAUACUGGAUUUUCUGUCAGGGCAUCAGAACUAGCCGUUUCAUCUGCAGCACCCACGAGUGUAUCCACUUUUGGACACAGUUCAAGUCAAAAUAAUGGGUAUCUUGCUUCAAACCCUUCAUUUUCUUCUUCCAUUCCAUCUCUUGUAUCAAAUAAUUUUACCAGUCAGAAUAUGUUCAGUAACUCAUGCCUUACCGCAAGCUGCGGCACUAGUGUGACUGCGGCUUCCACUGGCACUAGCAUGACAGCUAUCACUCCUGCCAUAAUUGCAUUAAAUAAUAGCAGUUCCUCCCCCUCAUUGGUGGCAUCUUCAUCUUCAUUUUCAACAACUUCCUUUUCCAAAUUUGGAUCCUCUGCUGCUCCAUCAACAGGUUUGCCUGCAUCAUCUUCUGGCUCAGAACCACUGGAAACCAAGAGCAAGCUUGAUGCAGGAAAUGGUAAUCUUAGCAGCACUGCCUUCAGUAGCUCGUCUGCUGCUGUUGGAAGCACAGGGAGUGGUAUUUUUGGGUCCAGCUCUUCGACAAUGACAACUGUAAAUAGCCAGUCUCAGUGUUCUGUUAAUGGUGCUAGCAGUGGUUCUGUGCUUGGUGCCAGUCCUUUCCAGUUUGCUAGUCAACAGAAUAUUGCUCCACAGAACCCUUCUCCAUUUCAGGCUUCUGGUAGUCAUGAAUUUAAUGCGGGAGGUGGGAGUUUCUCAUUGGGCUCAGGUGGUGGUGACAAGUCCAAUCGAAAUUUUUUGUGA